AUGCCGCUUGCAAGGAGGGAUCCCACAUUGGCUGCUGCUCAGAGAACGAUUCGGGAGGCAUUUGAAGAUCUAGAGAAGACAGUAUCGCCAGCUGAUUCGAAAGAUUUCGAGGUGACCACUCUCGAAAAUGUGCAAAAGGCAGCAUUGGAGAUCGAAAAUCAACUUGCAGCACGGCAGUCCUUGCGCAAUAUGCGCCGCCUCGUGCCUCUGUUCACUGGGCUGGGUUACUACUCCCAGACGAUCGAAGUUCUUUGCAACGGCACUCCUUAUCUACCAUGGAUAUGGGCACCAAUUAAGUUAAUCCUCAAGAUCUCUUCAGACUACGUGGAUGCUUUCGAGCAAAUCGUCAAGGCAUAUUCCCGCAUCGCAGAAUCGUUGACAAGAUUCAAAGUGCUCAGCGAGACCUUUCGUAAGAAUACGGAAUUUCAACAAACUCUCGCUGUCUUUUACGCCGAUAUACUACGGUUCCACAAAGAAGCGUACAAGCUUGUGCGACGCAGCGCUUGGCGAGUUUUCUUUCUAUCAUCCUGGGGUCGAUUUCAACAAAGGUUCGACAACAUUCUGGAAGACCUUGCAAGACAUGAGCAGCAAAUUGACAAAGAGGCCAAUGCCUACGACAUUGCUGAAGCGAGAAAUACGAGAAGAGCCUUGGAGGAAUGGAGACAAGAAAGCCUUUCCAGGGUGCAAAAAAACGAAGAAGACCAAACCGCCCGCCAACUUGAAGCCAUUUUUAGCUGGGUCAAGAGUAACGAAAUGGAUCAAAUAUCAAUCUUUGACAGAAUUUCAACUGAAGGAUCAAACCACCCGGGAACAUGCUCGUGGGUAUUGGAGAAUCCAAAAUUAUCGAACUGGCUUCGGGCCGACCAGUCAGAUAAAACUUGUAUUUGGCUCCAAGGAAACCCCGGGACCGGCAAGAGUAUCAUCGCUGGCCAGCUUGUUAACUUUUUGAAGGUCUCCCGCAAGUAUUUUGUGACAUCCCACUUUUGCACAUAUUCCUACGCCUCCUCAACUCAAUACGAUGAGAUUCUCAAGUCACUACUUUUACAACUAGUCCGUGCCAAUAGCGACUUGACUGCUCAUAUAUACGAGGAGUACGUAAUUGGAAGAAAACCAGUCAGCAUUAGUGUCUUCGAGCAUCUACUGCAGACUUCUAUAACGGCGUUAGCAGAAGAUCUUGGUCGACAGAACAGCAUCUAUAUGAUUAUCGACGGCCUGGACGAAAUUGAAGCGGACAAACAGAGACGAAUUAUCAGCCUGAUGAAUGGUAUUCUGAAGUCACAGCCAUUAGAUCGUCCGACUUUUAAGGUUCUAUUCUCCUCACGGUGUUCGCAACUCCUAGAAAAAGUGCUUCGAAAGCGACCGACUGUCAUCCUAGGCGAUGAAAAGGAUAGUCUUGAACAUGCAAUCUGUAUAUAUGCCGAACAGCGACUAAAUGCUCAGUCUUAUCGUUUCUCGCAACUUGCUCUGAAUGAUUGCGAUUUUAGAGAUAUCGGGGAAAUUAUCGCUAAAAAGGCCGAUGGUAUGUUCCUCUGGGCUCGGCUGGUUCUGGACUACAUUACACAUAACAUGUUCUACAGCAGUCAAGAAAUAUGGGAUGCUGUCCAUACACUACCGCGCAAGUUAGCUGAAUUCUACGAGAGAGUUCUGGUUCAGAUUAUGUCCAAUUUUGAUAGUCGAUCAGUCGCCCGCAUGAGAAGCAUAUUUGGCUGGAUAGCAUUUUCAGAACGUCCACUUCGAAAAUUCGAAUUACGGUCAGCAUUAUCAUUCUGUACCGGCAACCCUCUAGCCGACGAACCUGUUCCCUUGUACAUCUUUGACAUGGGCAUGCCGCUCAUCGAGGAACGAUCCGACUCCACCUUGACUUUUAUUCACGUUUCUGUCAAAGAUUAUCUGCAAAUGCCAGAGAGCAAGUUGCUGAUUUCUCGAGACAGGGAGAUUUACGAACACACUCUCGCAUCGACGACCUGCCUUUUGUCCGGGCUGGAAGUAUUCAAUGUCGGAUAUGCUAAUCAGGAUCGUAUGAUGAGGGUUUUGAAGGGAUUGCACGGCUUUCAUAUCUACGCGAACCAAUAUUGGGUUGACAAUGUUCUGGAAAUCUUAUCCUCAGGGACCCCCCCAUCCCAUCUCUUCGGUCUCACUACGACACUUCAGAACCUUUCCAGUACCUUAGAAAUAUUGGGAGGAUCAUCACUUGCCUCAAAGAAAACAGGCGAAUUAUCAAUAUCAGACAACCGCCUUGAUCGCAUCAGAGAAUACCCCGGACUUCUCAAAAAUGCCAGAAUUUCUUUACAAGCGCGAAGCCAGAAGAUACUCGGGGAUGUAUCUGGUGAAGAAGAAUCUCCGUCUGUCGACUUGCUCCCAGUUCGUGAACUUGAAGAUGCCCUUGCCAAUUAUCAAAAGACUAUCGGAUCCCUCCUCUCUCUAUCCGAUUUUCCAGGAAUACCAAAGGAAGACCUGGAGCUCUUUCAGCGAGAGUAUUCCACAACGAUCUUUACCUGUCGCCUAUCUUCUUGCCCUCGAGCUACGAUGGGCUUUGAAGAUGAAACUUUACGUCUAGAACAUGAAGCUACACAUACUCUUCGUUUGAAGUGCUCAUUUCCGGGUUGUCAGUAUCCUCCUUUUGUUUCAGCACGGGCUUUGAAGAGUCAUGAAUCCAAGUACCAUACUCCUACCAGAGGCCGAAAAAGAAUUCGCAAGGUUGAUCCUAUGCCUGAUACAGAAGUGGAGUUUGACGCCAAUUCGGGUAGACGGAAACCCAGCUUUGACAAUUGGUUCAUUGAAGAAGGCACAAGUGAUGUUACAACCGUUUCGCAACACUACUUACUACACCCUUAUACUACCGAUAGUUUUUCACCUUCUGCUUUGCCAAUGUUAGAUGAAGAUGCCCGAGACCGAGAAAAAAAAUCGCGAGGUUGA